AUGCCGCUCGCCGCACGAGGCCUCCGACUUGCGUACGGGGCCAUGCCAGCGGUGGGCGCGGGCCGAGCAGCGUCGCUCGCGGAUCGGCCGCUCUCUGGGCUGCUGGGAAUUGAUAAGCCGAGCGGCCCCACGUCGAUGGACCUACUUGACCGGCUCAAGCCGCUCCUUGCGUCUUCCUCGCUCUUUUAUGCAGCCGACGAGAAGCGCGCGUCCCAGGACCGCCGACGCCUGAAGCCAUGGGAAAAGGCGCUCCAGAAAAAGUGUGGUGGUCGUCUGCCACCUAAGCUCGGGCAGGGCGGCACGCUCGAUCCGCUUGCAGAGGGCGUGCUCGUCAUUGGCAUUGGCGCCGCGACGAAGCAGCUAUCCCAGUUCCUCCACUGCAGCAAAGAGUAUGAGACGACGGGUCUGCUCGGUACCAGCACGACGUCGUACGAUUCACAGGAGCCUGUCAUGUGCCGCGCGCCCCAUGCGCACGUCGACGAGGCCCUUGUACGCUCGCAGCUUCCGCGCUUCACGGGCGCGGUCAAGCAGCUGCCGCCCGUCUUUAGUGCGCUGCGCAUGGACGGCAAGCGCCUCUUUGAGUAUGCGCGGGAGGGCCUGCCGCUGCCGCGGCCCAUUGAGCCGCGCGACGUCACGGUGCACGAGCUACGCCUCGUAGCGUGGCAUGCGCCUGACGCGCACGCGUACGAGCCGCCCACGGCGCAGGUGUCGCCGGAGGACCAGGCGCUCCUUGGGCAGGUGCGUCGCCUCGCUGGGAGCGAUGCCGGCGGCACAGACACAUUCAAGGAAGGCGAAGCACCCAAGCCGGAGCCUGCUGCUGCUACGGAUGCGCCGACGGAGGCACCGGAGCGUGUGCGGCCGGCCGCAUUUACGCUGGCCAUGACCGUGUCGUCUGGCACGUACGUGCGCUCCAUUGUGCACGAUCUCGGCACGGCGUGCGGGAGCGCCGCACAUGUGGUGCGCCUGCGACGCACACGUCAAGGCGACUUUUCGCUCGGCACGCAAGACGCGCCGGGCAACUGCCUGCCGUGGUCGGUCUUCGAGCAGGGCCUCAAGGAGCUCGAGGGGGCGCAGCGCGGCGAUACCUCGUGCGAUACGCGCGAUGAGCACGGGCUGCGAGCAUGGGAACGGGCCGUCCUAGAGUACAUACAUUUGGUAUAA